AUGUUGUAUGCGGCAUUUCAUCGAAUGAAAAAAAAUCAAGGUGGUCUUAUUUCAUUCAACAAUUUUUUGUCUACAAGUACAUCCAAACAAGUUGCGCUAUGUUUUGCUCAAAAUGCUCUAAAGAAAUCGGAAAAAGUGGCUAUUCUAUUUGAAAUGACUAUUGAUCCAUCGAUAUCAUCGGUACCAUUUGCAUCACUUGAUAAACUCAGCUACUUUCAAGAGAAAGAAAAAGAAAUACUCUUUUCAAUGCACACUGUCUUUCGUAUCGGCAAAAUAAAACCAUUGGAUGAUAAUAAUAAUAAUUCACGAUUUUGGCAUGUUUAUUUAACAUUGACUGAUGCCGAUGAUAAACAACUUCGUCAAUUGACAGAACAUAUGCGUAUGGAUCUCAGCUCUUUCUUUACUGUGGAUCUUCAAAUCAACAUGGAUCCUACAUGGCGAUUGAGUAAGUUACUUCUCAAUAUGGGUGAAUAUGACAAGGCAAUUAUCAUAUAUGAAAUACUGCUUGACAAAGCUACACGUGACAAUAACUUGAACCUCAUACAAGCCAUACAUUAUCAGCUGACCGAAUUGUUUAUGUUACACAAGAAGGAUUGGAAUCGAGCAAGAGAACAUUUAAAGAUGGCAUUUUGUAUAAAAGUACCCGAUGGUAAUGACGUUGCUGAUGAAGUCAAAAAUGACAUUAUCGUUGUGUUUUCGACAAUUAAAAAUGUGCUUUUAAACGAACAAAUUACUGAGGAUGAGUUUCAUUCGAUCAUGGUCGAACUAGUGAAUAAGUUGGUCACAUUAUAUCUUGAUAACUCCACAAAGCCAUUGGGUCCGCUUAAUUAUCAAAUAGCAGUGGAUCGUUACAAUUAUAUUGGUUGGGUACGAAAAAAGCAGGGGAAAAUAUCAGAAGCAUGGACUAGUCAUGAGCAAGCCAUGCAAAUAUUACGGAAAUAUUUACCUCCUACUCAUCCUCGCUUAGCAGUAACAUAUAAUUACAUCAGUUUGCUCUAUUCGGCAAUGAACGAUCAUUCGAGUGCAUUUGAUUGUCUCGAAAAAGCACUUCAUAUUCAAGAACAGGCACUGCAGCCAAAUCAUCCAUAUCUAGCUGAAACUCAUUUUAAUAUGUCAAUUAUUUUCGAACGUUCAAACAAAGUCGAUGAUGCUUUUCACCAUGCAAAGAAAGCCAUUGAUAUUGGACAUCAAGCAUUUUUGACAUCCGAUGAUCCGCAGAUGAAAAUGUAUCAAGAGCAAUUCGACAAAAUUCUACUGCUCAUUCAAUCGUGUAAUGAACUUGUACUUUGA